AUGUCCCAAACCACCCAAUCCAUGCGCGGCGCCGCCACCGCCGCCGGCGGCGGCGGCGGAGGAGCAGGAGGAGCCAAGAUAUCGGCGGCGGCGGCGACGGAGCUCAUGGUGGCCGUGGUGAUCGUCGCGUUUGUGGCCUUCGUCUUAGUCUUCUUCCUCUACCUCCGCUCCAAGCGCUGCCGCGGCGCCGCCCCCGCCCUCCUCCCCGNGAGCGCCGGCGGCGGCGGCGGAGGUUCCGGGAUUGCACGGGGCGGUGGAGGUGCCGCGGCGGCCGGCGGACGUCACGGUGUUCGAGUUCGGGUCGGCGCCGCCGCCGCUCCUCCUCCGGGCGGCGGACUCCCCGCUGCCGCCGUCAAAACCCUGCCUUGUGCGCCCUUCCGGUCCUCCGACUUUGAGCAGGGGCUCGAGUGCUCCGUUUGCCUCUCCGACGUCUCCGACGGCGAGGAGGUGCGGUUGCUCCCGCGCUGCGGCCACGGCUUCCACGCGGGCUGCGUCGACGCGUGGCUGCUCUCCCACUCCACCUGCCCCGUUUGCCGCACCCCCGUCAUCGCCGACCUUUCAUUGCCGCAAGCUUCUUCCGACCCUCCCGCCGCCGAAUUGGCGGAGCCGGAGCCUUCCGACGCCGCUUCGGAUGACGGUCAGUCGCCGGAACCGCCGAUCUACCCCACAAAUGUGCUGUUUUGGGGAUCUCAGGAUCAGAUCAGUACAGGAAGUGUUGCUGCUGCUGUGACAGGUAGUUCGCAUGCCGGAUGUUCGAUGAAUUGUCCCAACUCUGCGACUUCACCGUCAACAUUAAUAAGCAGGGCUGAUGUGGAGGAGAUGAGAUUGUCGACUACGAGCAGAUUGAGGUCGAUAAGAAGGCUUUUGAGCUGCGCGAGUAGGGGAAUCGGCUCGACUUCGAGCCCUAGAGGCGGUGAUAUUGAGCUCGGCCUCGGAAGAGAAGAGGGUGGUGGUCUCUCAUUCCCAAAAAUGCCCAUUAAUUCUUGACUCAAGAGCUCUACCGAGGUCUCGAGAAAUGCUGUACAUGCUGGAUUUUCAUGUCUCUCUGUGUAUAGGUGGUUGAUUAUGAAUUGUUGCAAUUCAUUUUUUUUUCUCAUUGGUUGCGCAAUUCAUAUACUGUUUCUUUGUUUCAUUGAAAACCUGUAUCUUGUGAACUAGGAACCGACGGUAGCUUGUUCAUAAUAGAAUUUGUAUAGAUAUGAAGUAUUUUUAUGUUUUUAUGUUAGUAAGAUCCUGCAUGAGAGCGUGCCCCUUGCUGUUA